AACAUGGCGGCGCGGCUGGAGGUGCGGCUGGCUGGCGCUGGGGUCUGAGUUCUUCCACCAGGAGCUCUUGCGAUCCUGACGAUGUCUGACCCCGCGUGGCGAGACUCGCGUGGGCGCCCGGCCGAGCUCCCCGGAGACCUGUCCUCACAGGAGGAGGAAGAGGAGGAGGGCGAUUCCGACGCCGGGGCCAGCGACUUGGACUCCUGCUCCUCAGCCAGCAGCGACACUGAUCUGGAGCCCGAGUGGCUGGACAGUGUGCAGAGGAAUGGCGAGCUGUUUUACCUGGAACUGAGUGAGGACGAGGAGGAGAGCCUCCUUCCGGAGACACAGACCGUGAACCACGUCAGGUUCAGUGAGAAGGAGGUCAUCAUUGAAGAGGAUGACUCCAGAGAAAGAAAGAAGCAUGAACCCAAGCUCAAGCGCUUCACCAAGAUCCUGAAGAGCAAAAGCCUUUUACCUAAGCGCUACCACAAAAAGAACAGCAAUGACAGUGGCCCGGUGUCCAUCCUGAAGCAUCAGUCCAACCAGAAGACCGGGGUCACUGUGCAACAGCGGUACAAGGAUGUGACUGUCUAUAUCAACCCCAAAAAGCUAACCGUCAUCAAGCCCAGGGAGCAGCUCAAACUCCUGGAAGUGCUGGUGGGAAUCAUCCAUCAGAGCAAGUGGAGCUGGAGGAGGAGCGGGAAGCCAGCUGAUGGAGAGAGGCUUGUGGUGCACGGCCUGUUGCCAGGAAGCUCUGCCAUGAAGAGCGGCCAGGUCCUGGUUGGCGAUGUCCUUGUGGCCGUGAAUGAUGUAGAUGUGACUUCUGAAAACAUAGAGAGAGUUCUGUCUUGCAUCCCUGGACCAAUGCAGGUGAAGCUGACAUUUGAAAAUGCCUAUGCAGUGAAUAAGGAAACAACACAGCCGAAAAAGAAAAAGCCACAGUCGAGCACGAACGAUUUGGUGAAACUUCUGUGCGGGUUGGAGGCCGACGGCACCCAGCACAGUACCCUGGGCGCCCCCCACAUCACCAUGUACCUCUCACUGCAGCUCCAAUCAGAGGUCUCCAAGGAGGAGCAGGAAAUUCUGUACCAUUACCCAGUGUCUGAAGCCGCUCAGAAACUCAAGAGCGUGAGGGGGAUUUUCCUCACCCUCUGUGACAUGCUGGAAAGUGUGACGGGGACACCGGUUACUAGUCCCCCUCCCUUGUCAGCCCAAAAAGCAAUCAGGGUUCUCUGCCCUGUGGGAAGUCCAAGGACCACCCACCUCCAUCCAGGUCUAGUAAGCUCAUCCCUCCAUUUAAAUGGGAAACAAAUUCACGUUGCUUUCUUGAAGGAGUCUGACAAGUUGUUGUUAAUUGGCCUGCCUGCUGAAGAAGUUCCUCUUCCCCAGCUAAGGAACAUGAUAGAAGAUGUCGCCCAAACCCUGAAGUUCAUGUAUGGUUCUUUAGACAGCGCCUUUUGCCAGGUUGAGAACUCUCCUCGCUUGGAUCAUUUCUUCAGCUUGUUCUUUCAACGAGCUCUCCAGCCUGACAGGUUGCAUCUCAGCGCCAGCCCCAGUGCACAACAGUACGAUGCCGCCAGUGCCGUGCUUUUGGACAGCCUCCCUGGAGUGCGUUGGCUCACACUUCCACAGGAGCUCAAGGUGGAACUGGACACGGUGUUGAGUGACCUUGAGGCUGCUGACUUCGAAGAACUGUCCGAGGAUUACUGUGACAUGAGACGGCUGUACACAAUUUUGGGAUCUUCUCUGUUUUACAAGGGUUAUUUGGUGUGCAGCCAUCUACCCAAGGAUGAUGUCGUUGAGAUUUCUGCGUACUGUCGCCAAUAUUGCCUGCUGCCUUUAGCGGCAAAGCAAAGAAUUGGCCAGCUGAUAGUGUGGAGAGAAGUCUUCCCGCGGCACCACCUCCAGCCUCCUUCAGACUCAGACACCGAGGUCUUCCAGGAGCCUGAAGGGAGAUAUUUUUUACUAAUUGUUGGACUGCGCCAUUAUGUGUUGUGUGUGCUGUUAGAAGCUGGAGGCUGUUCAUCUAAAGCCAUUGGGAAUCCUGGUCCAGACUGUAUCUAUGUAGAUCAGGUCAGAACAACUCUUCAUCAACUGGAAGGAGUAGACUCCCGCAUUGAGGAAUGGCUAGCCUCAUCUUCGGGGCCCUGCUUGUCUUGUGCUGACUGGUUCCUUACUGCACCACGUGAAAAGGCUGAUAGUUUCACCACUUCACCUAUCCUCAGUAGACUACAGGGGUCCGCCAAAACAGCGACCUCUCCAACAUGCAGGAGAACCUUUUUCAGUGACUAUUCCUUCAAGGCACGGAAGCCCAGUCCCUCCCGGAGCAGUGGCGGAUGUGAGCCUGGUGAAGGUGGAGAAGGUGUUGGUCUGAGCCCACACACUACCCCAGAUGCAGUACGGAAGCAAAGAGAAGCCGAUGGUUCGGAGGACAGCGUGGCACUGCUUAAGCUCGCUAGGAAGAAGUCGACACUUCCAAAUCCAUUUCAUUUAGGAAAUUCAAAAAAAGAACUUUCAGAAAAAGACAUGGAAGUCUAUAACAUGAUGAAAUUGACCUCUGGUCCGGAGAAUACACUCUUCCACUAUGUCGCCCUAGAAACAGUGCAGGGCAUCUUCAUCACCCCCACACAUGAAGAGGUGGCUCAGCUAGGCGGUUCCGUUCACGCUCAGCUAAUUAAGAAUUUCCAUCAGUGUUGUCUCUCUAUUCGUGCAAUUUUCCAACAGACAUUGAAGGAAGAGAGAAGGAGAGCGCUGCGUGGUGGAGAUUGUCCAGAGCCUGCAGACUCGGUGUCGUCUCUGACCCCCGUGAAAGAGCAUGGUGUGCUCUUUGAAUGCUCGCCUGAGAACUGGACCGAUGAGAAGAAAAGCCCACCAGUUAUGGCUUACUGGGUGGUGGGGAGGCUCUUCCUUCACCCAAAACCUCAGGAGCUGUAUGUGUGUUUUCACGACUCGGUCACAGAAAUUGCCGUUGAGAUGGCAUUUAAACUGUUCUUUGGAUUAACACUGUAGCUGUGUUUGUAGGAUACAAAGCAACACACAUGGACUGUGCGACAGUGCCAGGACGGCCGAAAUCAACACAUAAAGAUAAGGCUCAGCUUAGUCACUUUUCAGUAUUGAACUUCUCUUGUUAAAUGUCGAGAGGCAGAGCUGUUUGGUUGGUGUGUCAGACAUCCGAGCAGAUACUGGGUCAGAGUAUGGAGACACGAUUGCUAACUUAUUGCCAUUCUGGUAUACCAUGCUAAUUUAUUGAAUAGUUUUAAAUAAUGUGAAUUCUUUAAUAAAAAAAUUAAUAUAAAUGUUUAUUUGGGGAUCAUAUUCAACUCAUUUUUUAAAUUGAAACCCAAUGCUGACUUGCACGGUGAAGGGAUCAUGAAACAGAAGAGAUGAAGAGGUUCUGUAGUCGGUGAGCUCUGUGUUGUAAGGAGCCCUGCGCCUGUCAGGCUCAGAGAAUCUGUGUACUAAUAACAUUAUUACUGCACUGGGAGUUUUUAAAUCCCAGUUAAGAAAAAUGCAUUGUUUUCAUGGUGUGUAUUAGUCAGUAUCUAAAUUUGCAAUAUUUGUGUUCUGGUUUCUUAGCAAAUCAAAAGCCUUCUCAUUCAUCUCCGUAUUUUAGUGGAUCCCUUCCUGCAGAGGAAGAGGGGAAGGAUGGAAGUUAAAGUUUAUUUAUAUUUAUUCAGUUCUCUCUAUUCUUGGUGAUAAGCUUUAUUUUGGAUUAGGAGAUUUAUUUUUAAAUUUUUAAUAGUCCAUAAGUUUUUUUUCUUCUGUUGAAAUACAUUCUGGUACACAUACAUUUUAUAUCACCUCUAGCAGAUCAUACUAAAAACACUGGAAGAGGGCUGGAGAGAUGAUUCAGAAGUCAUGAGCAGGUACCUCACUGGAAAAGCCCUAAGUUCAGCUCCCAUCACCCACAUCAGACCGCUCACAACCACCUGUAACUCCAGGGAUUCCUUUGGCCUCCACAGAUAUGCAUGUGAGCACACACACACACCGUGCAUACACACAGACACACAAGCACACAAUUAGAAAAUAAAAUCCCUUUGAAAACACUGAACCAAACUGCUUAACAGUGUCAUAGGGUAACUUCUUUUACAAAAUACUAGUUUUUGUCCUAGAGAUAAGCAUCAGUCUGUAUUGGGUUUUCCCAAAGGAAGAGGGGGCACUUUAACCAACAGCUGUUUCCCUGAGCUUCAGGAGUAGAGAAGACUGAGUAGACAUUGAUUUCAUUGGCCAUGAGAAUUCAGUAUAUUAAAAAAAUGAAAAAUAUAGUAAAUACUACAUUUAUUAUUACCAUCUACCCUGGUGGGCAUCCCACAUACUCAAUAGUCCCCACACACUACAGUCCUGGGUAGCUUCUCCUUCAAAGAUUACAUAUGUUGGAAGGAAGCUAACUGAAAUCUAUCUAAAGUUCAUCCCUGCAUUUUCCCUCCUUAAACAUGAGUGUUCCAGCUGAAACUACGAAGUGUAUCAGUGCGCCCUGAGCCAUUUGGUCUUAUAGAAAAACUUUUAUCCCUCUCUUGUCAGUUCAGAGAUUCUCACUGAGGCAUUGGUGACAGACACCGGCUGUUUAUAUCAUCCAGUGACUUCUGGGCUUUAUUUUCAGCUUUCGAGGCAGAGAAGGAAAUUUUGGACCUUGAAGUGUAGAAAAGAGUUUGAACUAUCUCCCCUUUAACAAGAGUCAAAUUGGCUAAGGCUGUCCUCUGUCUCAGACUGCCUGUGUGCCAACGUUUGUGUCCCAGAACUUCUAAACGUAUUUAUUAAAUGCUUUAAGUUUCUGAAUAGACCCUUCAAUCCCAAGCUGUUUCUAAUACUGAUCAUUAUAUUCAGUGUAGCCGUGGUCACCUCAGAUUUUCAAAUAGAACAAACUAAGACUUGGGAUUUUAAUACAGAGAACUUUUUUCCCAGUUAAAUUUUGAUCUGCUGGUGCUUUUUUGGUGUCAGAUAACCAUAAGAACACUAUUUUAAAAGGGGUGUAAAAACAGAAAGCAGAUAACAGAUCUUAAAGAUCAUUUGCUGUGUGGUUCACGUUGAAGAGGCAUUGCAUUUUCAAAAAAUAAAAUGCUGUCCUCUUUUUCAUCUCCAGGGGAACGUUGGUGGUAAUCUUAGCUGACCAUUUCUCUGAAUAGUUCAGACUCAUAUCUGAAAUGCAAUCAGUCUUACUGUUGGGCAUUAAAAUCCUGUCUGUCUCUGUUACAGAGAGACAAGUGCAGAUCCCAUAGCGAUGGGCUCUCAGAGAAACCUUCCUAGUUGGGCUUCAUUCACAUCCUAAUAAUGAUGUUCCAGAAAACAUGAGAUAAAGUGUCUACCUAGCAUUCCUCGAAAGUCAGACACAGCCAGGCAUGGUGCCGUAUGCCUCUAAUCCCAGUGUUCAGGAGGCUGAGGCAGGAGGAUAUAAUAAAUCCAAGGAUAGGCAGGGCUAUACAACAAGGCUCUAUCUCAAACAAACAAAACACAAGGACUUCAUUCCUUCUGUCAUGUGUUUCUUGGCCCCAAAUAAAUUUUAGACUCUUGCCCUUUCUCUCCCUCUUCUCCUUAUCCUUGGCUUUCUUUUGGCUCUGUCAUGUCAGAGAACUGUACCUAGGAGAGUACAAAGUGUUUCACUUUUUGUGCCAAGGGACAGUGGAUGACAAUGUGUGCCUAACAAAAUGGUAAUUGUGAAAUAAUCACUGUCUAAAUAUUUCCGACACAAAUUGAAAAGAAAAAAAACCCUGUGAAACCAGUCUACGAGGUUUGGCUGCUUUGACCACUGUGUUAAAGUGUGUUCUCUAAACUGUGUGUUCUCUAAACUGUGGUUGUCACAUAUAAAGUAUGAGGUGUGAGCUGCAGCUACUACUUACCUCCGUUAAGUGCCCUCUGCCUGCGAACAAGGGAAACAGCUGAGUCAAGUCUACUACCGCACAACACGACAGGAAUGACCUGGAGAAACUGCUGCUUACUCUUGUGUUGACAAUAAGGAUGUAUAUUUUGGGCAUCUUUUAAAAUAGUGCUACUAAAACUUGAACCUAAAAACCAAACUUUAUGAACUAACUUAAUUUUAAAGAGUUUUAUUUCUGUAUGUAAUUAAAGCUAUUUUUCUACAUUAUUCAGAGUUUUAAAUAAAAGUGUUUUGGAGGUUCA